GGGAAACUGUCUGACAUUGUUGGCAGAAGACCCAUACUGCUGAGUUCAGCCACAGCGCUACUUGUGGGCACGCUGCUAGUGGGCUUCAGUUUCUCCUUCCUGUGGACCGUCGGCGUGCUGUUUUUCGAGGGAUUUCUGAACGGCACCCUGGUCGUGGCCAAGACGUACCUGUACGAGUGCCCGGUACUGGGUGGAUUUUUGGCCUGUCCAGCUACAAGAUUCCGGACGUUCGACAAACCGUUCUUCAAGCAGUUCCCGUACAUACUGCCUUGCGCAGUAGUGGCAUGUUUGGAGUUCUGCAUUCUGAUUGGUGGCUGCAUUUAUCUGGGCGAAUCUCUGAACAAGAAGCCCAAAUAUGAUUACAUCAGUCUAAAACAAAUAUCUACACAAGACGUGGCAGAAGACGAAAAGGAAAACUCCCAUCGACAAGAGGAGUCCACCAUCAGCCUGCUGCGGGACAGACUGGUGCUGAUUUCCUGCGCGCUUUACGCUCUGUACGCGCUGGCGGGCAUCAGUAGCUCCCAGUUGUUACCCCUCCUCCUGGUGUCCGACCCCCAACAUGGCGGCUACAACUGUAACGCUGCAGAGAUCGCCCUCGUUCUGACCACCCUCGCCAUUUACUCGGGCAUCACGCAGGCAACAUUGAACCCUUACAUCGCGUCCAAGUUCACCUACAAGUCUGUGUACGUGUCCGGAGUUGUACUACACGCAGUGGGGAUCAUCUUACUCCCGUCCAUGGUCAAUAUCACAGGGGCCAUGUCGAGUCAACAUGUUGCAAAUCAAACAGAGACCUCUAGCGAUUUGACACUGAACUUCGCAGCCGAUUCUGAACAUGCCUUGAUUUCACCACCUGCAAGAGAGAGUCGCGUACAGCCAACUUUACAGCACAUUUCAGCAUCUUCGCAGUUCGUAGUAGCGACGGCAGAAGUGAACGCGACAGCCGCCAGGUCGCUUAUCGGCCAGUGUCGGCUAGACGGGGACAGUAGGAAGGGCGCCUCCAAGCGUCCGGCCUCAGAACUGCAGGCCAGUGUCUGGGGUCCGCUGCUGCUUGUCAUAUUGCUGAUGGAACAGGGAAGUCAUCAAUCUGCGCUGGUCGCCAUCGUGAUGGUUGGAAACGCCGGUGUUGUGAGUAACGUGCCUCCUACCAUCAUAUUUCCUAGCCCUUCAGAUUAACAAAUAACAGAUAACCUUUAUUUAAGGGUUAAUGACCCGCCCCGAGGUGAAUAUGGUGUGAUAAAGCCUUUUCAGUUGCUAUAACCACCGAAUAAAGC